CAAUAAAAAAAAAUAAAAUGAAACGUGUGCAAGUGGAAAUAAAAAUUUUUAACAAAUAGAAAUAUGAAAAUAUUAAAAAAUAACAAAAAAAAAGAGAAAAAAUUAUCCAAUAAUAUUUAAUUGGUCAUUUAAACUAUACAAAAAAAAAAUUACUGAUUUUUUUAACAAUUAGAUUAUUACAAAAAAAAAAAACUAAAUCAAACUUAAUUUUUGUUUCUAUAACCACCGACCGCAAAAGACGAAGAAGACAAAGACGACGACGACGCGAUAUCGAACGACAAAAAACUACGACAUCAGCAGGAUAUUGAGAGCGGAGCGCGGCGCGGCAUAAUGUAAUGUAGAAAACGGAAAAGAGAAAGAGAGAGAAAGAAAAAAGAAAUGAAAAAACGAACUGCGAUUUAAUUCGUUUUUCUCUUUUGUUUUUAUUCCGUUUCAUAAAAACAACAUUUUUACAGUUUCCAAAAAAUAAAAGAAAAAAAGCAAAAAAUUAAAACUAUAAAAAAAUUUAAUAAAUAAAUAAAUAGAUUUUUUUUUUCUAUUUUUCUGUUUUUUUUUUCGAUCGAAAUUUGAGAAUUUAAAAUUUUAUUAAUCAAAUUUUUUUUUGUUUUUAAUAAUUUAAUAUUCAAGGAAUAAAAGAAAAACAAAAAUAAAAUAUUGAAUAAUUAAAAAAAAAAUUAAAAUUUUAAAAAUUUUAUAUACCUACUACGAUAAAACAAAAAUAAGGAUACAAGAGGAUAUUUUGAAAACGUUAUACGUGUAUAUAUAUGUGUUUUUUGUGUGUGUAUCGGAAUACCCUUAAGUUUAAAGUGACUUAAUCUCAAAAUAUAAAAUAAUUAAAUUAAAUUGUUUACUAUACAACAGCUAGGCUAGGCUAAUUAAUAACUCUUGAAGUUUGUUUAAAUUGAAUUCAUGGUUUAAAUUUUCAUAAAAAAUCCUCAAUAUACUUGAAAUUUUCAACUUUUCUCUAUCGAUUUAAAAAAUUUAUAGCAAGAUUUUAUGUAAAUGCAAAAAAAGUGUCCAUUCAAAUUUUUUUAGAAAUUUUAAAAACGAAUUUUGAGUAUUUUAAUAGAAAAAGAAAACUGACUUUGUAGUUUCGUUAAAAUAAAUAUAAAAAAAUAGAUGAAACAAAUUGUUUUUAAAAAUUAGUUUUUUUCUAUAUAAAAAUAUAUAAAAUAUGUUAUUUUGAAUAAAUUUAUUUAUAUAAAACAGAAUUUAUACCUAAAAUUAAAACAAGGAGAAAUCGAUUGGGAAAAAUUUACUUCUUUUUUAAUAAACCAGUGUCAAAUGUCAAAGUCUAGGGACCAGUAUGAGCUUCAUUCGUAUAACGCUCAUUUACAAUCGGCUGUGGAAAGCGGUAACGCUAAUAACAGCAACAAUAUUAACAAUUCCAAUUCAACUCCUCCUACAACAGUUACAACAAUUACAACAACAUCAACAGCUACAGCAACAGCAUCGACAUCAACAACGUCAAUAUCUGCAAUUCCAACAACAUCAUCGUCAUUAUCAACAGUACAAACAAAAAAAAUAUCAGAAACAAUUACAAUUCCAACAUCAGCAACAAAAAAUUUGUCAUUAUCAUCUUCAUCUACAUCGUUAUCGUCGGAAACUAAAAAUGCCUCAGCAACAAAUCAAUUCAAUAAAAAAUUCGAUAAAUCAAAAAUUACCGAAGAAAAAAACAAAAACUCAGAACAGGAAAAUGAAAAACACGAAAAGAGAAGAAAAAAACAAAAUACAUUUUCUACUGUUACAACAACAAAAGAUCAAAAAAAUGAUAAUAAGGAUGAAUUGGAUGAUGAUAUUGAAGAAAAUAUUAAAAUUAGGAAAAUUCGUAAAAAGAAAAAAAGCAAAACUUUAUCUAAAGAUCCAUUAAGAUUAAAACAAAUAAAAAUUUUGCCAACAACAACAAAAUCAUUUGAAAUUCCUGAAACAAAAUCAUCAGUAGCAUCACUACCUUUAGCAGAAAAUAAUAGUAAAAUAAUUAAAAAAACUGAAUCAUUCCCUUCCUCAUCAAAAACAUAUUAUGAUCAAGAACAAAAUCAAAAAAAGUUCCAACAAUCACAACAGCAGCAGCUACAACAAUAUUCAGAUAAAAAUAUAAUAAAAAAACAAAAAAGUGAGGACCACAAUUUAAAUUAUAAUAAACUAAAAUUUGAUAAUAUUCCGUUCAAAAUUAGUAAAUUUAAAAUUUCAUCUUCGAUACUACCAUUACACCCACAGUCAUCUACAUCUUUACAAUCAACAUCUAUCGUAAAUACUACUAAUAUUACAACUAGUACUAUUUUAGGAACAAACGUUUCUUUUACAACAGCUUCCACCACAUCAACUACCAGCACGUCUGCAACAAGUAAUGAUAUGGUAGAUAUACAUAUAGACAAAAUCAAUAAAAAUAAAUCAGUUAAAAAUAGAAAUUUAAAAGAUAAGUCUGAAAAAAUGCUAGUAAAAAAAUUAAAUAGUUCAGUAACUGUAACAAAUGAUAAUUCUAAUUUAGAAAAUUAUACAAAUAUAAUUAAUGACAGUAAAACACAAACAACAGCGUCUACAACAACAACAUCAAUAGCAGCAUCAAUAUUAACAGAAACAGUAUCAUCAACUACUACCACCACCACAACAGCAACUCCGCCAGUACCAAUAGCAACUACAUCAACAAAAAAUAUUAAUAAACGUAUAAAAUCAUCAUUAAAUUUAACAAAAAAACGUUAUAGUUUUAAUGGUUUUUGUAAUUAUGAUUAUAAUAAAAGAAAAAGUAAUAACAAUAUUGUAAAUUUAAAUAAUAAUAACAAUAAUAAUAUUAAUAAUACUAAUAAUAAUAUUGAUAAUAAUAAUGAUAUUAAAUGCCAAAUUUCAAAAAAUAAUUUUAUUAAAACUAAAAAACAAAAGAAAUCAUCUAAAACUAAUGACAAUGAUAAUGUUAUAGUUGAUGAUAAUAAGGGUGAUACUAAUUUAAUUAAUGAUAAUGUUUUUGAUAAUGAUGAUGAUGAUGACACAACAACAACAACAAAUGCAAAAGUAACUGCAAAAACAACAACCUUUAUUACAAAUAGUACAAGUAGUACAACAUUUAGUAGUUCGUUUGCCAAAGAAAAUUAUUUUGAUAGUAGUAAUACUAGUGAUAAUAAUAAAAAAAUAAUAAAAAAACCAUCAACAACAACAACACAAUCAACUAAGAUAAAAGGAACAUUAGAAAAUAGUAGUAUUGAAAAUGAUGAUACAGCAAUAGUAUCAACAACAGCAAACACGAAUAAAAUGAUAAUAAAACCAGUUAAAGUAGCAAAAGCAAGUGUUGAUGAUAAUGAUGAUGAUGAUGAUGAUGAUGAUGAUGAUGAUGAUGUUGAUGAUGAUUACUUUUUAUAUAAAAAUUUAUCAAACAAUAGUAUUGAUAAUGAUACAAGAAAAAUUAAAAGAACGCAACAAGAGAAACAACAAGAAUUUUCAAAUACUAAAAUUAAUUAUUUAAGAAAACAACAAGAAAAACAAAUAAAAAAACAGCAAGAACAACAGCAACAUAAAAAACAAAAUUUACGUAAAAUGUCAUCAAAACAUCAUAAAGGUACUACAAAUUUAAAAACAGUUCCUCAAACGAGUACUGCUGCAACAACAGCAGUUACAACAACAGUUCAUUCUCAUGAAUUAGCAACAAAUAUAUUAAAAUUAAAUGAAGCUCAAUUACAUAAAUUACAAUCAGCAAUUAAAACAACAGCAGCAACAACAAUAUCAGAAACAACAACACUAAGUUCCAUAUUACCAAUUACAACAACAGGAGUAACAACAACAUCAUCAAAAUUAAUAUCAAAAGUAUUAAAUCCAAUAAUUACAACAACAGCAACAACAACAACAACAAGUGCAUUAAAAUCAUCUAUAUCAUCUAGAUUUCCAAGUACAAGUUGCACUAAUUUUUAUGUCGAUAGUAAUAAUAGUAUUGGUAAAACAGGUAAUAGCUUUUUCGAAUGUAAUAAUAGUAGUUUAGAGGAUUCAUCAUCAAUAAUUGAUGAAUUAUUUGAAGAAGAAUUAAAUGCAAAAAAUUUUAUUGUACCAUUAGCUGAUGAAGAAGAUGAAAUAACAACUGGUGGUCUAACAUCUAGUUUAAAUGGUAAUAAUGAUAAUAUAAAUAAUAAAAAUUUUAAUAUUAUAAAUAAUAAAAAUAAUUUAAUUAAAUAUAAUAAUAUUAAUAAUACUGGUGCUGAUAAUAAUGAUGAUAAUCCAUUUUCAUUAACUGAUAUUGAUGAUAUAUCACAUAAAACUUAUAUUAUAUUAGAUAGAGAUAUUGAGGAUGGUGAUGAUGAUGAUGAUGAUGAUGAUGAAGAAAUUGAUGAUAAUGAUGAUGAUAUUUCAAAUAUUGAUUAUAAUAAAUACGAUAAAAAUAUAAACGAAAUUUUAUUAAAUGAAUAUAACGAUGAUAUUAAAUUAAAAUAUAAUGAUAUAAUAGAUGACGAUGAAGAAGCUAUAUUAAAAGAUACAAGUAAUGAAGAAAUAAUUGAAGGUGAAGAAGACGACGGAGAAGAAGAGUUAAUUGAAGAAGAACAAGAAUAUGAUUUUGAUAUCAAUGAUGAAGAAUUUGAUAUUGAAGAAGGAGAAGAAGAAGGAGAAAUUGAUGACGAAGAAGAAUAUAUUAUAGAAGAAGAAGUAGAAGAAGAAGAAGAAGAAGAAGAAGAAGAAGAAGAAAUAGAAGACGAAGAAGAAGAAGUAGAAGAAGAAGAAGAAGAAAAAAUAGACGAAGAAGACGAAGAAGGCGAAAAUAAUAUUUAUAAAAUCGAACAAAAUAUAAAAGAAAUUAAUUUCAAUAAUAAAAUAUUAAAAACUGGUGAAAAUAAUUUAAUAAAAACAAUAAUUAAUAAAGACAGAUUAAAUAAAAGAAAAAAUAAAAAAUUAAAUAAAACAUUAAAUAGGUUUGGUAUUAGUAAUAAAUUAAAAUAUUUUCCGUCCUCCGGUAAAAUAAAUAAAAUUAUAAAACAAGAAGAAGAAGAAGACGAUAAUAUUGAUGAUCAUAGUUUUGUAGAUAAAAAAAAUAUUAAAAAAUAUAAACAAAAAUUCAAAAAACAACAUCAAAAAUUGCAACAAGAACAACAUCAACUACAACUGCAACAACAAUAUCAAAGACAACAAAAUAAUUUAAAUUAUAUUUAUAAUCAAACAUUAAAAGAUUUUACUGGUGUUAUUGAUAAUAAUGUAAAUUGUGGUGGCAUUAAUAAAAUUAAUAAUAAUAAUAUAGAUAAUUGCGGUGAUGUUAAUAAUAUUAAUUAUAAUAAUAUAAAUAACAAUCAAUCAAAUAAACGUUUAUCAUUCUUUCGUAGACGUCAUCGUCGUAAUAAUAAUACUAAUAAUAAUAACUUUCAAUAUAGUCCAAAUUCAUUAUAUAGAGGUGUAUGGCAAACAUCUUUAAGUAGUGCAACAGCUGCUAUAAGUACAGCUACUGCACCAGCAUCAUUUAUAAUAAAUUCAAAAUUAAAUAGUAAUAGUGUUAAUUUAAUAAAAAAUAAUAACAGUAUGAUUGGUAGUAACGGUAGUAGCGGCGGAGGUGGUAGAGGUGGUGGUGAUAGUGGGGAUGAUGGUGAUGGUGGUGGAAUUAAUGAUACAUUAGGAACAGGAAAUUAUAGUAAUAGUGGUGGUACCGGUGGAACUGGUUGUGGUUAUAGUGACUUAGAUAUAGGUAUGAACAUUGGUGAUGGUAUUGAUGGUAUUAGUAAUGGUGGUGGUGGUGGAGGUUUAUAUGGUCCAAAUAUACCAGAAACAUUAAAUGGUACUGGUGGUGGUGGACAAAGUGGUAAUACCGGACAAAAAACAGGUACAACAGCACAAAAAAGACCAGCAAGACGUGGUGGUAAACCACAACCGGAAAGGCCGGCUAGAGCAUUAUUUUUUUUAACAUUAAAAAAUCCGAUUAGAAAAUUUUGUAUUGAUAUUGUUGAAUGGAAACCAUUUGAAUAUUUAAUUUUAUUAACAAUAUUUGCAAAUUGUGUUGCCUUAGCUGUUUAUACACCAUAUCCUUAUAGUGAUUCCAAUAUAACAAAUGCAAUUUUGGAAAAAGUUGAGUACGUGUUUUUAGUAAUUUUUACGGCCGAAUGUUUUAUGAAAAUUAUAGCUUAUGGUUUUGUUUUACAUCAAGGUGCAUAUUUAAGGAAUGGUUGGAAUAUGUUAGAUUUUUUUAUUGUUGUAAUAGGCAUGGUAAGCACAGCAUUAGCUAAUUUUAUGAGAGAAGGAUUUGAUGUUAAAGCUUUAAGAGCAUUUAGAGUACUAAGACCACUUCGAUUGGUUUCAGGAGUGCCAAGUCUACAAGUUGUACUUAAUUCAAUUCUUCGUGCCAUGGUGCCUUUAUUUCAUAUAGCUUUAUUGGUGUUAUUUGUAAUUAUAAUUUAUGCGAUUAUAGGAUUGGAAUUAUUUUCAGGGAAAAUGCAUAAGACAUGUUAUAAUAAUGUAACAGAUGAAAUUAUGGAUGAAGCUGUACCAUGUGGGGAUGGUGGUCUAUUAUGUGAUGAUGGCUACACUUGUCAUUCAGGUUGGGACGGACCCAAUUGGGGCAUAACGAAUUUCGAUAAUUUUGGUUUAGCAAUGUUAACUGUAUUUCAGUGUGUUACACUUGAAGGAUGGACUGAUGUAUUAUAUCAUAUACAAGAUGCAAUGGGUGGUACUUGGCAAUGGGUUUAUUUUAUUUCAAUGGUUAUAUUAGGUGCAUUUUUUGUUAUGAAUCUUAUUCUUGGUGUCCUAUCUGGUGAAUUUUCAAAAGAACGUACAAAAGCUAAAAAUCGUGGUGAUUUUCAAAAAUUACGUGAAAAACAACAAAUUGAAGAAGAUCUAAGAGGUUAUUUAGAUUGGAUAACACAAGCUGAAGAUAUUGAACCUGAAUCAGAGGGCAAUAUAUUACAAGAUGGUAAAGUAAAACAACCAAAUGAAAUGGAUUCACAAGAUCAAUUAGGUGAAUUAGAAGCAUUAGAACAAAAACAAGAAUCAUGGUUUGUUAAAAAAAAAAAAGAUAUGGAUCGUGUUAACAGACGUUUAAGACGUGCAUGUCGUAAAGCAGUUAAAUCACAAGCAUUUUAUUGGUUAAUUAUUAUUUUAGUAUUUUUAAAUACUGGUGUACUAGCAACAGAACAUUAUCGGCAACCACCAUGGCUAGAUGAUUUUCAAGAAAUUACGAAUAUUUGUUUCGUUGCAUUAUUUACAAUGGAAAUGCUUCUUAAAAUGUAUAGUUUAGGUAUUCAAGGGUAUUUUGUAUCAUUAUUUAAUCGUUUUGAUUGUUUUGUGGUAAUCGGUAGUAUAACGGAAAUGAUAUUAACAAAAACUCAUAUAAUGCCACCAUUGGGUGUAUCUGUUUUGCGUUGUGUUCGAUUACUUCGAGUUUUUAAAGUAACAAAAUAUUGGCAUUCAUUAUCAAAUUUGGUUGCAUCAUUAUUAAAUUCAAUUCAAUCGAUUGCAUCACUUUUAUUGUUAUUGUUUUUAUUCAUUGUAAUUUUUGCUUUAUUAGGAAUGCAAGUAUUCGGUGGUAAAUUUGUUUUUAACGAAACCGAGGAGAAACCAAGAUCAAAUUUUGAUAGCUUUUGGCAAAGUUUAUUAACAGUAUUUCAGAUAUUAACUGGUGAAGAUUGGAACGCUGUUAUGUACGAUGGUAUACGCGCUCAUGGUGGUGUUAAUUCAACUGGUAUUCUAGCAUGUGUAUAUUUUAUUAUAUUAUUUAUUUGCGGUAAUUAUAUCCUGUUAAACGUUUUCUUGGCUAUUGCUGUCGAUAAUUUAGCUGAUGCAGAUUCAUUGACAACGGUUGAGAAAGAAGAAGCGGAGGAAGAAAAUAAACCUAAAUCUCAUAGUCCUACACCCAUAUUAGAUAGUGAUGAGGAAAUUUUAGAUGAAGAUGAUUUAAGAGAUGGUGAUGAAAUAAAUUUGGAUGAGGAUACAGCAUCUGAAACUAAAAUUCGUUUUGAAGAAGAACAGGAUGUUUACGAUGAAGAACAAGAUGGUGGCGGCGGCGGCCAUCAGAAUAAUUAUAAUAAUAAUGAAAAUAAUUUUGAUGAAACGAUGUAUAUGGAAGAUGAAAUGAUAGAAGAAGAGCAAGAAGAAGAUGUUGAUAUUAAUGGAGAAGUACCAAAAAAAGGAAAACGUUCAGCAAGGCCUAGACGUAUGUCAGAAUUAAAUGAUCCACCUGAAAAAAUUGUACCAAUACCAGAAGGCACAUCUUUUUUCGUCUUCGCUCAAAAGAACAGAUUUCGAAUAUUUUGUCACUGGUUAUGUAAUCACAGUUAUUUUGGUAAUAUAAUUUUGGCAAGUAUUAUGUUUUCAUCAGCAAUGUUAGCGGCAGAAGACCCUCUAAAAGCCGAUUCACCGCGAAAUAAGAUUUUAAAUUAUUUUGAUUAUUUUUUUACCGCUGUUUUUACUACUGAAUUGUGUUUAAAAGUAAUUGCUUAUGGUUUUAUAUUACAUAAAGGAGCAUUUUGUCGGUCAGCUUUUAAUAUGCUAGAUUUAUUAGUCGUUUGUGUCUCGUUAACAUCAAUUUUUGCUGAUUCGAGUGCAAUUUCUGUUGUUAAAAUUUUGCGUGUAUUUCGUGUAUUGAGACCAUUAAGAGCAAUUAAUCGUGCCAAAGGAUUAAAGUAUGUGGUAAAAUGUGUCAUUGUUGCCAUUAAAACUAUUGGUAAUAUUAUGUUGGUUACUUACCUUCUUAUAUUUAUGUUUGCCGUAAUUGGGGUUCAACUUUUCAAGGGAAAAUUUUUCAAAUGUACGGAUGAAUCAAAAGUUAUUGCAGACGAAUGCCAUGGAACUUAUCUAAUAUAUGAAGGUGGUAAUAUCGAAAAACCUGAACUUAAAGAACGCGAAUGGAAAUUGAAUAGAUUUCAUUUUGAUGAUGUUAUCAAAGGAAUGUUAACAUUAUUUACGGUAUCAACAUUUGAAGGAUGGCCAGAUUUAUUAUACGUAUCAAUUGAUUCAAAUCGUGAAAAUUAUGGUCCAAUACAUAAUUUUCGUCCAAUUGUUGCUGCUUAUUAUAUAAUUUAUAUAAUUAUAAUUGCAUUCUUUAUGGUUAAUAUAUUUGUUGGUUUCGUUAUUGUAACAUUCCAAAAUGAAGGUGAACAGGAAUAUAAAAAUUGUGAUUUAGAUAAAAAUCAAAGAAAUUGUAUUGAAUUUGCAUUAAAAGCAAAACCAAUACGUCGUUAUAUACCAAAACAUCGUAUACAGUAUAAAGUAUGGUGGUUUGUAACAUCACAGCCAUUUGAAUAUACAAUAUUUAUUUUAAUUAUGAUAAAUACAAUAACAUUAGCUAUGAAAUUUUAUAAACAACCAGAUUGGUACACCGAUAUGUUAGAUUUAUUAAAUAUGAUAUUUACAGCUGUAUUUGCAUUAGAAUUUAUAUUUAAAUUAGCAGCAUUUCGUUUUAAGAAUUAUUUUGGUGAUGCCUGGAAUGUUUUUGAUUUCAUUAUUGUUCUUGGAUCAUUUAUAGAUAUUGUUAUAUCUGAAAUAAAACUUAGUAAAGGUCAAAAACCAGACGCCGAAAUGACUGGAGGAGGGGGCACUAAAAAAGAUAAAGGUGGUAGUAAUAUGAUUUCAAUUAAUUUUUUUCGACUAUUUCGUGUUAUGCGUCUUGUUAAAUUAUUAAGUAAAGGUGAGGGUAUACGAACAUUAUUGUGGACAUUCAUUAAAUCAUUUCAAGCACUGCCAUAUGUAGCUUUAUUGAUUGUAAUGUUAUUUUUUAUUUAUGCUGUUAUUGGUAUGCAGGUAUUUGGUAAAAUUGCAUUGUCAGAUGAUAAUGCAAUCAAUCGUAAUAAUAACUUUCAAACAUUUCCACAAGCUGUAUUAGUAUUAUUUCGUUCAGCAACUGGAGAAGCAUGGCAAAAUAUUAUGAUGGAUUGUGCACCAAAUCCUGGUGAAGUUGUUUGUGCUGAAGACUCUGAUGAUCCAUAUAACAAAAAUUGUGGUUCAACUAUUGCCUAUCCAUAUUUUAUAUCAUUUUACGUGUUGUGUUCAUUUUUAAUUAUUAAUUUAUUUGUUGCUGUUAUUAUGGAUAAUUUUGAUUAUUUAACAAGAGAUUGGUCUAUAUUGGGACCACAUCAUUUAGAUGAAUUUAUACGUUUAUGGAGUGAAUAUGAUCCAGAUGCAAAAGGCCGUAUAAAACAUUUAGAUGUUGUUACAUUAUUAAGAAAAAUAUCACCACCAUUAGGUUUUGGUAAAUUAUGUCCACAUCGUAUGGCAUGCAAACGUUUAGUAUCGAUGAAUAUGCCAUUAAAUAGCGAUGGUACUGUAUUAUUUAAUGCAACAUUAUUUGCUGUUGUACGCACAUCAUUAAAAAUUAAGACAGAAGGUAAUAUUGAUGAUUGUAAUGCCGAAUUACGUACUGUUAUUAAACAAAUAUGGAAAAGAACAAAUCCAAAAUUAUUAGAUCAAGUUGUACCGCCACCUGGUGUUGAUGAUGAAGUUACUGUUGGUAAAUUUUAUGCAACAUUUUUAAUACAAGAUUAUUUUAGACGUUUUAAAAAAAGAAAAGAACAAGAAUCAAAAGAUGGCCAAAUUGAUCAAAAUAAUACUCGUACAUUACAAGCUGGUUUAAGAACGUUACAUGAAGCCGGACCAGAAUUGAAAAGAGCUAUAUCUGGUAAUUUAGAUGAAUUAUUAGAAGAGCCGGAACCAAUGCACAGACGAAAUCAUACAUUAUUUGGUAGUGUUUGGUCUUCAAUGAGACGACAUGGUGCAGUACCAUUUACACGUAAUCGAACGCAAAAAUCACCUCAAAAUGGUGGUAUGAAUUCAAAAAGAAAUAAUCCAAAUAUAGAUGGUUCAAUAUCAAAUCUUUAUUUAAAUGUUUCUGAUGGCAUAAAUCAUAUUACAAAGUCAAUUAUGCAAGUACGCAAUGGUGGAACUGGUGGACUUGGUAAUAUUGGUGGUGGUGGUUGCGGUAUUGGUAGUAAUAUUAGUGGUAAUGGUCCAUUAGGUUACGACACAGAAAAUCAUAACAAUGAAUUAAAAACAUUCAAUGAAAGUAUACCCAUGAGACCAUUAAUGUUUGCCAAUAAUAAUAAUACCGAUAAUAGUGAUCAUAAGAAACCCUAUGACAAAACAGCUGCUGGUAUAUUACUACAUCCGUAUUACAACGUGGGAAAUGAAGUGAAUGGUAAAAUUGAUGGUCGUUAUGCUUCUUCAACACCUGGAAGCCCGCAGGAACGUCGACCGAAUUCCAUAGAAGUAAUUGGCUCAGCAGAAAGUUUAGUUGGAAGGGUAUUAGCUGAAGAAGGUUUGGGAAAAUUUUGUGAUUCUGAAUUUGUCGCAUAUACAUCAAAAGAAUUACGAGAAGCAUUAGAUAUGACAAAAGAAGAAAUGGAUUUAGCUGCACAUCAAUUAAUGCAAGAAAAUUUUUCACCCACUGUUUCACCAAUAUUAUUACAACGUCAACCUAAUGGUUCCGUUGGUUUCAGUGGAAGUCAUAGUAUUACUGGUGGUGGUGGUGGUCGGAGAAAUUCAUCAAUGGUAUUAUCAAGAAAUGAUUCAACAUCACCAAAUUCUUUAACAAUAAGUGGUGGUGUUGGUAUUGGUACAGCAACAAAUCUAUCAUCAUCUUCAUCAUCAUCACCUCAAAAUUCAUCAAAUAUAAGACAACAACAACAACAGCAACCCCAACAACAACAGCCACAACAGCAAUCACAGCAGCAACCGACACCACCGUCUCGUUCACUAAAUAAAACGAAAAAAAAAGAACGUAAUUUAUAGCAUCUGAUAAAAUGAAAAAAAAAUUUUUGACUCACUUUUCUCGUAUUUUGAAAGAAAACAAAAAACAAAAAAAAAAGGAAAAAGAUUUUAAUUAACAUUAUUAUGGAUAAUUAUAUAUGAAGCUAUACAAUGUACACCUUAUAUACAUAUAUUUCUAUUAUAUAACAAACUUAUAUUGUGUAUUUGUAUUAUAUUAUGUAUGUAUUUAAUAUUAUUGACAAAAGUUAGAAAAAAAGAACUAUAUAUAUGUAGAAUAUAAAUUAUUUAUAAAUUAUAAUUUUAUAUUAUUAUGGAUAGUGUAUGAAAAACUGAAAAAAAAAGAAAGUUAAAAAAAAAAAUUCCCAUAAA